GGAGAGUUUUGCAAACAAUGUUGCCAGAUGGCUCAUUAUUGUACAUCUGCUACAACAUUUUAAAUACACAUUUACUACAUUCUUCACAAAGUGCUAGUAAUCAAAAAAUCUUAAAUUUUUAUAUGUUUGUAAACUUGUAAAUUUUGUAUGUGUGCUUGAAACUUGUAAAUUCUGUAUGUUUACAUUUUCGGAAAAGUUUUAUGAUGAUUUACACUUUACUGCUGAAACGUCAUUUUACUGUUAUAAUUUUCAAUUUAAUAUUUUUUUUACACAGAGCUAGGGAGUUCAAGUACACUCUUUUAAAAUUUUGGCCAUGCUACUUACGAUAUAUUUUCCAUGUUUACUGAACAACUUCAACAUUUCGCCGUAUAUUUUGAAAGUUUUAAUAAAAUUCUUUGUGCUCGUUAGUGUGCUCGAUUUUCUAUAAAAUUCUUCCAACGCACCUAAAUACAUCUAUACACAUACAUAUACAUACAUGUUAAGUUCUUCGUUGAUGUCGCUUCGCGUCUGAAAGAAAAUUUAAACUUAAAUCCGUUUUAAUUAGGAAUUCAAAAGGAAACCUCUAUGACUGACGAAUUUAAUGAAAAGUGUAAAAUCGCCCAAAAUGACACGCUGGAAGAUACGUUCGAGCUUGUGAAAAUAUAAAAGUCGGCGAACCAAUAUUAAAUGAAAGCCCUAUACUGAUAAUUGCUUGCCCUGGUGAUAAGAGAUGCAGUAAUUGCUUUCGGUUGACUCAAAGUUAUUGUAGUAAAUGCUCAAUAACUCCAUUAUUCUCCAAUUGCCGUAGUCAUCAUUUGUAUGAUUGUAACACAUUUUCGCUUAUGUCUAAAGAAGUGCAGUUCGAAAAUUUGCGUAAAAAUCCAGAAUGUUACUUCGAAAAAAUAUGCCGAUGUCAAGCAUCCAAAGUAGUAUUAAAAAGUGCCAGCAAAACAAAACGGAACUAAAGAGAUACCGCCUCGAUUUGCGUUUUAAGCAAAAAGUUUUCAUCGUUUUGAUUAUUUACACCGAUAAUUAUUCAGGCCUGAAACAGGAGAUUGCACCAAUAUUAAGAAAGUCCGGCGCUAUGAUAGAUACGAAUAACUUGUUUGAAGAGUAUGGUCUUAUAGAAGCAACCGUCAGUAAGGAGCGUUUAGUUUCAUCGAAAAAUAUUGAGGAGUUAGCUACAGAAGAUGCCAUCGAAUGUGGAGCAGAAGAAGUUGAAGUCUCUGAUGCCGCUGCAGGGCUUGUUAAUUUUAUUUGCAGACCUGAAGAGUUACUUUCCUUGCGGAAAUCGAUUGAAACAAAAAACUAUAUCAUCGAAAAUAUGGAACACAUCUAUACGCCCGUGAAAUAUGUGGAGUUGCCUUCAGAGGAGCACGCGGACUAUGAAAAGUUUCUUGCCAAGCUUCACCAGAUUUCCGGUAUAGAAGAGAUUUAUGACAAUUUGUUGGAUACAAGAGAUUAAUAAAUUUAACAUAAAAAACUAAUAUGAAAGAAAACAAUUAUAUUAUUUUCAUUUCAUUUUCAUAUUUGCAACAUCGCUAAGAUAUCUGCUUUAAUAUAGCUUAAUCCUUACAAGAUUAAGGCUAAUAUUGACGUUGAUCGGCAGAAAACUUGGCUUUAUUCUCAUUUUCAUUUAGGCCGUAUGCAUUAUAAAAACACUCAUCAGAGUUAUCCUUUCAUCUGAAAUUCACUGAUUA